UUGUUUUUUUAAAGAUAGGAACUAAAAUAAUAUUUACACUAAUCAUUAUUAAAAUAGUAAAAUUUAACUCGAUUCAAAUUUAAAAUUCAAAUUACUUAUUCGAGUUGAUUCAAAUAACUCGAUUCGAUUAACUAGAAAUUUAAAAUUUUUUAAAAUUUUUUAAUCAAAUUAAAUUUUAUUCAGAGAAUAAUUUAUAUCAUUAUAUACUAAUAAUAAUACUUAUAUCAAUAAAACUAAUACUCAAUCCAUUACUAUAAGCACCAUCAACAUCAUCCACUUAUCCGCCUGUCAUCACAUUUGUUGUCUAGAGUUGUAGUAUAUCUCUGGGUUUAUCUUUUUUGGUACACUAUCUAGAUUUAUUAAAUUGUAACGUUUUUUACUAAUAAAAAAACCUGUAUAAUAAUAUUUAAUUAUUUAUAUGUUUUGGAAAAAUUAAAGAAUUAUAAAUGGGGGCUUCUCAUUGGUAGGUGAGCUAGAGCCAGUCAUGCUGACUCGAGCAAAGGAAAAAUACGGCUCCAAAAUUAACACAAUAGUUUUUCUUAACCAGAUAAGCUGAGAGUUUCCAAGUCUUCUUUUGGCAAUUCUAUCAUUCACUCCCUCUUUCCAUUAUUUCUAUCUCAAGUGUAAAACUCCAGAGGAGCGGACUUCGAUGACCAGCAGUGGAGGGGAUGCGCCACCGCCACUUACUGCCAACGGUGGCGAAUUUCUCCUUUCUUUACUCCAAAAGCCCCAAUCGCAUCAUCCUCCACAACAAUCUCCAUUACGCCCUAGAGUGGCUCCCAUGACCGUGCCUCAACCGCAAGCUCAAUCGCUCGCCAUUGAUCCUGCCGUUCAAGCAGUGGGGCCCACACUCCCUUUCUCGCCAUCUUGGUCACCGAAUGGACGCGAUCUCCCCAGUUCUUGGCCCCACAAUAUCUCUCCGCCCUUCGAUCCUAAUUUGAUAGGGUUUCGCCAAAACCCUUGGUUUUCUCCGGGAAACCAAAUUGUCUUUAAUCAAGAAGCUUUAGUGGAUGACUUGAGAAGGAUAGGGCUUUCAAGGAUAGACAAUAAUAACAAUCACGUAAUCCCGAAUCUGACCCAGCUAAAGCAUCGAGAACAAAAACUCGUCUUUGGUUCUUUUCCUAGUGAUAUUCAAACCCUUUCAAAGCCUGAUGGCGUGCCUCAAAAUUCGAAUUUGAAAUUUUCAAAUCAGCAAUCUAACUGGCGGCUUAAUUCCAAUCCAAAUUCGAGCCCAUACUUUUUCCAACGUCGAAAUUCUGAUGAAAGAGGAAAGCAACAGCAGCAUGAUGGGAAUUGCAGGUCUACCCCUUCUGCUGAAACUCCAAGACCGCCUCCAGGGUUUUCAGGAAAGCCUAGAAGAGGAGGAGGAGGAAGUCGGGAUUUCGGAAAAAAUGCGAGACAUGUUGAGCACAGUGUAAAUAAAUUAAAAGCGGAAUUGGGUCAUUUGAGUUAUGAAAAUGAAACGAGACUUCGUGGACAGCUUGAUCACCCUGUGCCGCCGGCAGGGAGUAAUCCGCAGUCUGUUUCAGUGACUGAGAUUGAAGGGCCUCUUUUGGAAUUGCAUAUGGAUGGUGGUGCAAAUGGGUUUUCAAGGCGUGAUAAGCCUAGAAGAGAAGAUGGUGGCGAAGUCGAUGAAAUUGAGGAAAAGUUUGUUGAACCUUUGUUGGUUGAGGAUGAAUCUGAUGAUAAGAAUGACAAGAAGCGGCAUCAUCGUGAGAAGGAAUACAGAAAAGAUAACAGGGGGCAAAGUCUACUUAGCCAGAGGGAGAGAAUGUUAAAAAGGCGGACGGAUUGUCGCAGUGAUAUUCUCAGGUUAAAUUCACCUUUACGUGCUAUCUAUGAGUCACUCAUACCUCCUGUGGAAGAAAAAGCUAAGCAGAAACAGUUGUUAGCAUUACUUGAGAAACUAGUUUGCAAAGAAUGGCCAGAAGCACGGUUAUAUCUCUAUGGAUCUUGUGAGAACUCUUUUGGGGUGUCAAAGAGUGACAUUGAUAUUUGCCUUGCAUUUAAUGAGGACAUUCAUGACAAGUCUGAAAUCUUGCUAAAGUUGGCAGAUAUUUUGCAGUCAGAUAAUCUUCAGAAUGUGCAGGCACUGACUCGUGCCAGGGUCCCCAUAGUAAAGCUUAUGGAUCCAGUGACUGGAAUUUCCUGUGACAUAUGCAUAAACAAUGUUUUGGCUGUAGUAAAUACAAGGCUUCUACGAGAUUAUGCAAAGAUUGAUGUAAGAUUACGGCAGUUGGCUUUUAUUGUGAAACACUGGGCCAAGUCCAGAGGAGUGAAUGCAACUUACCAAGGAACUCUAUCUAGCUACGCGUAUGUUUUGAUGUGCAUUCAUUUCUUACAGCAACGUAGACCUGCUAUCCUUCCAUGCUUGCAGGGAAUGGAGACAACCUUCUCUGUCACUGUGGAUGAUGUUGAGUGUGCUUACUUUGAUAAAGUCGAAAACCUUUGCAAUUUUGGAUCUUCUAACCAGGAAACUAUUGCUCAGCUGGUGUGGGCAUUCUUUAACUAUUGGGCAUAUAUUCAUGAUUAUGCAAAUUCAGUAAUAUCUGUACGCACAGGAAGCUUGAUCAGUAAGGGAGAAAAAGACUGGACAAGAAGAAUUGGCAAUGAUCGUCAUUUAAUCUGCAUAGAGGAUCCGUUUGUGGUAUCUCAUGACCUUGGUCGAGUGGUGGACAAGUUCAGCAUUAAAGUUCUAAGAGAAGAGUUUGAACGAGCGGCUGAUGUAAUGCAGUAUGAUCCAAAUCCUUGGAUAGCACUCUUUGAACCUUACGUCCCUGGGUAACAAAACCUUGUCCAAGUGUGUUAGAAAAUCAAUGGUUAAAGCUAUUUGGUUGGUUUUCGUAGUCUGUGUGCUUUGCAUCCCCCAUAAUCUUCAAUUUUGUCCUUUUGAGUUCACAUCCAUUUUAAAGAAGUUUAAGCUUAUUAUAUGUAAUCAAGAAAAGAAAUUUCCAAACAUUUUAUGGAUGGAUGUUAAACAAGUUGUAAUUAAUUGAUUGAUAGUGUAUACAAAAUUCCUGUAUGAUCUAAACAUAUUCAUAUCAAAUGAGUGUGUUAUAUCGUAUUUGUAUCUUCAAGUGAAAUAAACAAAACAGUCUGAUUUGACAAGCAUUAAUAAAACAA